CGUUGGGAAUAAUUAGAUUUAUUGCUAAAGGAAGGUUGCCAUUGUGAUUUAUUUGCUCAUUGCAUUCUUUGCAACUUUCGAUCGAACCAUGAAGAACGUUAGCAAAAUAUUAACAGGGUUGGUUUGUAAUUUUUUUUUAUCAUUAUUUAACAGUUUCGACCUCGAAGGAAAUGUUAUCUUAUUUGAAAUGUUAUCAUAUUUGAACAUGUUUUCGAAUUCGGUACCAUACAUUGUUUGCUAUAAUUAACGGAAAGAGUCACGUGAGUUUCACAUCGCGAACAUAUGAUUUGCGAUGCAGUUAUACAGUUGUGUAACACGAUGUUUUGAAAAUGAAAAUAAUUUUCCACGACGGCGCAUGAUCGACGAGUUGCACUAGUUGCCAAUGUAAGAAAGGAGGAAAAGAGGAAAAAGGGGAGUCACACUAAUACGUAAUAGCCUUGAAUACUACCAGGCAGUAUUUAUCAACCGAUCUAUUGCGGAAAAACCGUUUAUGCGACGUAUAUAAAACUGUUAUUGUGGCGCUUACAUGGCAGUUCAAGUGCAAACAAGGCCAUCAAACGUUCUGUCAAAAUGCUGCGAAUUAUUUUCACGUUGUUCCUCGCUAUGGCGAUAUUUUCCUCAAGUACGUUCGGUCAUGAGCUUGUCUGCAACAGACCGAACGAGGAGUACCAAUGUGGAUCUGCGUGCCAAACCACUUGCCAGAACCUGGGUCAACCGUGUCCCAUCGUUAACAUCAGAUGCAACGAUGCCUGUUAUUGCAAAGAGGGCUACGCCAGGGACUGCAAUGGAAAUUGCAUCCCCAUAAAAAUGUGUUCCAACAAAAGUUGUAAUGUAUGGUCACGGUCUCGGCUCUUCUCAAUGCAUUAGUAAUCGAUCUCCAUGAACAUAUAGCACUAACAUAAUCGUAUUGUAAAUGUAACCCCGACCUCUAUCGCUGGAAAUACAGAUAACGCCCGUGCAUGAAGCUCGCGUUGCGUUAAUCAACGAUACAAGUUCGCUGAACACGCGUUUCGAUCGAUCCGCGAUCGACGCGUUAUUACGCAAAUAAAAUAAAAUUACUGCAAUAUUUAACAAA